AAGACAAAGAAAAAUAGCAAAAUCAAGACCAAAAAUCAACCACAAAAGUUUGAAAAAACAGAACAAAAACCACAAGAGUUCAAAAAAACAGAACAAAAAUGAAGCUCUCAUCAGUGGCUAGCUUGUUGUCUAAGUCUACAGUUUCAAUCACGUCAAGCAGUGAUGACAAAUCAACCGCUAGAAGCCACCAUGUGGAUGAAUCCUUCAUGCUUAAAGCAAUGCAACAACAAUUUCAGAGGUUGGACAUCAUGUUUGGUGAGAUUAAAGGCAAAAUGGACAAGCAAGAUGCAGCGAUAGCCAAGUUAUACCAAACACAAAAUGGAAGUCCGAAUUUGCGUAGGAAUGAUGCUAAUGACGAUUUCAAUGACGAUUAUGAAGGUGCACUCAACAAUGACGCCCAGAACUCAAAUUUCAGCAUGGACAGAAUUAUGAGAGGUGGAGGGGGCCAAAGAGGGCAAAAUCUGAUGAGGUGGGGAGAUCGACAAGAUCGUGACUUAGGUAACAUCAAGAUGAAGAUUCCUCCGUUUCAAGGCAAAAAUGAUCCAGAUGUGUAUUUGGAGUGGGAAAAGAAGCGUCCUGUUGACACUUGGGAAGAGAUGAAAGCUGUGAUGAGAAAGCGAUUUGUUCCUCGUCACUACUACCAUGAUCUCUAUCAGCGAUUGCAAGGCCUUACUCAAGGGUCCAAAAGCGUUGAGGAUUAUCACAAAGAGAUGGAAAUCGCAAUGGUUAGAGCGAAUGUGGAAGAGGACAAAGAAGCAACUAUGGCACGGUUUCUGCAUAGCUUAAAUCAUGAUAUAGCUAAUGUGGUAGAGUUGCAACAUUAUGUGGAAUUAGAAGAUAUGGUGCAUAUGGCGAUGAAAGUAGAACGGCAACUCAAGUGUAAAGGAGCCAACAGCAGAACUGGGCAAAAUUCAGAUGCUAAUGAUGGUGUGGAAUAUGCUGUUGAUGGAGAACAGCUCGUCACCAGGCGAGCUUUGAAUGUGCAAGCCAAAGAAGAUGAUGAAGUACAACAUGACAAUAUAUUUCACACGAGUGUUGCUAAAUCUCUUUUGCAAGACUUCAAGGAUGCAUUUCCAGAGGACAUCCCUAAUGGUUUACCACCAAUAAGAGGAAUUAAGCAUCAGAUUGACUUCAUUCUAGGCGCAACAAUUCCAAACCAACCAGCAUAUCGAAGUAACCCUAAUGAGACAAAAGAACUUCAAAAGCAGGUUGAAGAACUCAUGAAGAAGGGGCAUGUGAGAGAAAGAAUGAGUCCAUGUGCAGUUUCAGUGCUACUUGUGUCUAAGAAGGAUGGGACUUGGUGUAUGUGCGUUGAUUGUCGUGCUGUCAACAAAAUCACUGUAAAGUAUCGUCACCCUAUUCCUAGAUUAGAUGACAUGUUAGAUGAACUGCAUGGUUCUUGCAUAUUCACUAAAAUUGAUUUAAAAAGUGGGUAUCAUCAGAUUAGGAUGAAGGAAGCUGAUGGAAUUGCAAUAGACGAAGAAAAGAUUAAGGCUAUUAAAGAAUGGCCAACACCUAAGAAUAUUUCUGAGCACCUCAAGGGACAAGGUAAGUUGAAUAGACGAGAUGCUAAGUGGGUGGAAUUCCUUGAGACAUUUCCCUAUGUGAUCAACUACAAGCAAGGAAAAGAAAACAUUGUGGCUGAUGCAUUAUCUCACAGUUUUAAUCCACUCACCCCUUUGGAUUUAUUGCCAUUGCCCAUUGAUGAACGAGCUAGUUUGGAUGGGAAAAAGAAAGCUGAAGUGGUUAAGCAACUACAUGAGAAGGUGCAACAAAACAUAGAGCGACAAACUGAGCAAUAUGCAAAUCAAGCCAACAAAGGGCGCACGAAAGUUGUGUUUGAACCUGGAGAUUGGGUUUGGGUGCAUAUGCGUAAGGAGCGAUUCCCUGCACAAAGGAAUUCUAAGUUGCAACCAAGAGGCGAUGGAUUAUUUCAAGUGAUUACAAGGAUAAACGACAACGCAUACAAGUUGGAGCUUCCUACUGAGUAUAAUGUUAGUGCUACUUUUAAUGUUUCUGAUCUAUCUCCUUUUGAUGUAGGUGAUGAUUUGAGGACAAAUCCUUUUGAGGAGAGAGGGAAUGAUGGGAAUCAAGAUGACCCCACAUGUACCACGUCAAGAGAUCCAUUACACAUUCUAGGAGGUCCAGUCACGAGAGUUAGAGCUAGGAAGAUGCAAGAAGCUUUAAAUGGCCUUAUUGAGCAGAUUUGGGUUGAUAACAACAUGCAACAAGUAAAUCAAACCUUGGAUGAUUAUCAAGGCAUGAUAAACAUCAUUUAGGUUCAAGAGAAGCUUAAUUGAGGUCAUUUAUGCUAAAUUACACAAUUUGCGUCAAAAUCCUACAAUUCUAUCACAAUUUCUAACAAACUGAUAUUUCAUGU